AUGGCUUCAUCCUCACGAGCGCUACGAGGCCUCUCCAUCCGCGCCUUUUCGACAUCGGCCCCGGUCGCAGAAGACGUCGCCGCAUCCACAGCCGCCGCCGCAGCAACGACACAACCUCCGCCGCCGUCUUCUCCCGCCGCAGACAAUGUCCUGUCUUCUCCCGCCGCAGACAAUGUCCUGUCCUCCCUCGCCGCAGACAACGUCUUCACGCCCAGGGCAGAGCGCAAACUCCUCCGCACCCGUGGCCUCACUCCCGUCGGUUCUCGCAGACGUCGUGCCGCCAUCCUCUCCGGCUCGCGCAUUCCUUUCGAGCAGCUGCCCUACCAAUGCUUCCAAGAAGCCCGCAAAGUCCUGAUUCAACACCGUCAAGAAAAGGUCACGCACAUUGAGACGGAGCGCCAGAAGAUUGCCAGACUCAGGGCCACCCAAGUCGAGCCUCAGAAUGAACAACGCCAUCAGCACCGUGUCAACAGCAUGGAGCGCUACCUGGACCAGCUCAAGAUCCACGCAGACAUCAACGACCCCAUGGUCAAGAGGAGGUUCGAGGACGGCAAGGGUACGCACAUCCACCUCUUCGUUCUUCUCAAACACUGA